UAUACAAGCAGUCAUAGAUUGGCCGACACACAUCCAAACCAGAAAACGAGAAAACACAAAACGUACUGAUCAGAGCAAGAAGCAAGAAAGAAUGUGUUUUCUUUACAUUUGCGGAGAACAAGAAAAAGAGUUAAGUAGACAAGAAGCGACAGGAUCUUGCCCGUAUUGUGGAGGCAAGGUAGAAUCAGUUGAUGUUCAGACCAAAUGGAGCUUCUGUUUUCUGCCCCUUUGUUUUGUCCUCAAGAGAAGAUAUAUUUGUACUUCGUGUUCGAGACGCUUGAUCUUGGAUUCUUAGCCUACGAUAAGUCCAUGUUUGGCUCUUCAUUUGUUUCUCUGCGUGAGGGCGGAUAUUUUCCUGUGAAGAUCCUUGGACGUAGAUGUCGAGUAAAUAUCCCGUUUCUAACUGUUUAGGCUUUAAAAUGAGACAGAUCGAUGCAGUAUUGAAGCAUCGUGCCUUGCCGCUACUAGAGUAUGAAAAAUUUGAGCAUUUGAUCGAGAAAAAUGAAUCAGAUCCAGUUAAAAUCGAAAAAAUCAAUCCUCCAUUUCUCCCAGGACACAAAUGAAGGGUUGAAUUGGGGAAAAAAAAAAAAACUGUUUGUUGUCAUCAAUGCUAAGUCUAUGGGUAGCUGAAAUUUUAAUGUAUUUUUCUAUUUGUUGUACUGACCCCUUCACAAGAGAGGGGAACAAUGUCGAAUAAAGUCCCUCCUCUUGUGAGGGGAUCUGUACGUCAACCCCGAUGCACAUGUAGACAAACCCAAUUUUAAUAAUUUUUGUCUGUAAAUUGUGAAGGCUGAAAUGAAGAUGUGAGGUUUUGGAAACGAG